UGUGGCAUCGAAUACUCCGUUUUCUUCACCAUAUAUCGUCACGCUCGUGUUUUUGCUGCGUUUAGCAAGGUCAUCGAAUAUCUGUGCGCAUGCAGGAUAUAAGCACCCAGCGAUUCCAGCACACCAACAGCGGCCUCAAUUGGCGACAGGAUAGCUCUCCUUGUUCAAGGUAUGACUCCGCUUUCUGCUCGUUCUACUAACCGGAUGUUUCAUGCACGGGACAGCCAUCGAACCAUGGUUGCAUCUGUUUACGGGUCAGCAGGCCAACAAUGCCGGUUUCUGAUGUGCAAAUAGGAAUUUCACUGUCACCAUGGGCCCCGUCGCCGCAGGACCCGUCCUUGCUGCGGCUGCUGCCCCCGUCGUGGGCACUCCCAGCCUGGCGUUACGUGCCAAAGCCAACGCUGACGUUCCCGCCCUUCCGGCCGGCUUCCCAGCCCACUUGCCCGAUAAGCUGGCCUGGACUGGGUCUGACUUCAACAAGUCGUCCGAGCACAUCCUGGUUCUAGACGGCCUCGGUCUCGCCGAGGUCAGGGCUGCUAUCGAGUACUACAAAUCCCUCGGUCAAGAUGGGGACCUUGUGGAACCCUCCAGCUUUCCGUUGCCGACUCUGGGUCCAUUACUCCGGGCACUCAGUCGCGAUGUUCACAGCGGCAGGGGCUUCUGUGUUAUUCGGGGACUCAACCCCGCAUCGUACUCGGUUGAGGACCUGACUCUGGCCUACCUCGGCGUACAGUCGUAUAUCGCCGAACAGCGAGGCCGGCAGGACAAGCGCGGCAAUAUGCUCGGUCAGUGUCUAUACGCUACUUUUAAUGCACCUAGGCGCUUGCUGAUGGUAGGGGCAGUCCAUAUUGUUGCCGACAAUAGCACCAAGCAAAUGGCCGAGCAUCACCGUCACUCGACGAAGGCCAUUACCUUUCACAACGAAGAGGCCGGCGAUGUUGUCGGGUGGUUGACUCGCAGCACUGCUGCGGCGGGUGGCAAGUGCAUCAUUGCUUCGGCUUAUACCGUCUACAACGUCCUGGCUGCCACCCGCCCCGAUGUGAUCCGCACUCUGGCUCGCUCCGAUUGGCCAUUCGCCAUGCCUCGAUUCCACUGCCGUCCCGUCGUCUUCUACCAGGACUCGAAAUUGAUCAUGAAUUUUGGCCGUGCCGCUCUCAUGGGUAGCGCGGCUCAUCCUCGACCUCAGCACCUGCCUGCCCUGACAGCCCGCCAGGUCGAGGCUUUGGAUGCCAUUGAAACCAUCGCCCAGGCCACACAACUGGAAAUCCAAACUCAAGCGGGCGAUAUGCAUUUCAUUAACAACCUGGCCAUUCUUCAUCGCCGCGAAGGCUUUGCCAACGGACAAGCAGCGACGGAAAAGCGUCACUUGGUACGCAUGCGCCUCCGCAGCGCCGAGCACGGAUGGCGCAUCCCUCGAGAACUUGCCGCCGAGUGGGACGAGGCGUUCAAGAAGCAGGGCGUCAGGCACUGGCACGUGGAGCCGAUGCCUCAUUACUUCUUUUCGAUGCGCAUGCACCCCAACUAAAAGAAUCGGACCCCUGAACCCACCUCCAUUACGCCUGUACCUCUCUUCCGCCCCUUUUCCCCUUGCAUUUGCGGCGUUGUCGAAGAUAAAAAAGAUGGGAUGGGGAAGGGAACACGGGGGCGUUUGGGUCAGCAUUUGAUUCCAUUUGUUUAGACACAUGGUCCCAUGGAGGGGUAAUGGGCGAAAGAAAACGGAACAGUCACAUACGGGAUAUCUGUCUCUUGUCGGUGUACGCUAAUAGAGAAGUGUCAAACUGCUUUCUCUAAUCUCGAUCCU